AUGACGAUGACAAGUAGUAGGCGCGUGGAGAUAACUAGAGGAUCAUCAUCGGACGCCACCGUUAAAGUAGCCCACGGCGAUGACGAUGACGGAGGAAGAAGCGUUUUGUCGUCGUGGGUCAAAAGAAAAUUACUUGGAAGAGGGGCUAACGCUUCGGUUUACCUAGCCACCCGUGAAAACGACGACGAUGAAGACAUCGAAGUAAGAGCAAUCAAAACGGCAGAGCUUUCACGUGCUUCAAGUCUCAUGGACGAAGGAAGGAUCUUAAUCCGUCUAGAUUCUCCUUUCCUUGUCCGUUGCUACGACGCCGAGAUUGUUCGGGAGGAGAACUGUAUGCAAUACAAUUUGAUUCUCGAGUAUUGCUCUGGCCAAACGAUCGCGGAUCUGAUCGAGGAGAAUCACGGAGGAGGGUUGUUAGAGUCCGAUGUGAAAGUGUUCGCUAGAGAUGUCUUGUCAGGUCUCACAUACAUCCACGACUGUUACAUCGUUCACUGCGACAUCAAACCGGAGAAUCUCUUGCUCUGCCCUGCCGAUCGCCGGUUUAGACCUAACGGGUACUUGACCAAGAUUGGUGAUUUCGGUUUAGCUCUGCAGAAAGGGUCCAUAGAGUACGGUGACGGAUACGGUCUCAAGAGAGGCACCAAGAGGUACAUGGCUCCGGAGCUGAUAAUCCAUGGGAUUGUGGAAUUUGGAGCAGAUGUGUGGGCCUUGGGAUGCACGGUGUUGGAGAUGUUAACCGGAGAUAUGGUUUGGGGAGAGCAUGGUGAUAUUGGUUCUGGUUCUGAUGAUUGGGUCGAUCUCAUCGGUUACAGCGGUUUAACUCCACAUAUUCCGGAUUUUGUGUCUCAAGAAGCGAAAGACUUUUUGAGCAGAUGCUUUGAGAGAGACGUUCACAAGAGGUGGUCUAGCCAUUCACUUGCCAAGCAUCCGUUUGCUAUUCUGUGGUGA